AUGACUUCUUAUAAGAACUGUUCCUCCUCAGUCUCUCCAAUAGUAUCCACUACCAUCCUCGCCGCAUUCCUUAUCAUCAGCUGGUUCCUCAUUGCCCUCCUCCUCCUCACUGUCGUCCUCGCCUACCUCCUCUUCAAAGAGGACUACCUUGUCCGCAUCCACAUCAACUGUCGCCCCACUCCAAAUCCCAUCAACAAAACCCCCCAGUGGCCAGCUUAUUCAGUGGUGAACCAAGUUGCCCCGCUAACCACUGCUGCUCUCAUCGUCACCAACAACCACCCCCACCUCCUCCUCCUUGGCCUCCUUGGCCUUCUCCUAAUCACCAUCCUCUCUGUACUUGCCCUUGCCCUUAUUGUCCCACUCACCCUACAGAUCACCAUCUGA